CUAGUACUAGUACUACAUUGGUUUCUUCCUGUGGGAGUACACUUGUACUACACUUGUUUUCAAUCUUUAUUAUAUUUCGCACAUCCAAAGAAAAUAAUUUGAAAAUUUUGAGUUUUAAUGAUAAGAACAAAAUAAAUGGUAAAGUGAAUAGUACAUGAUUGACUUUUUAAUAUAAUUUUUUUUUUAUUAAAGUGAACAGUACCGUGAGAUUUUCAUUAAAGUUUUCGUCCAAAAUGACAAACCGAAAUAAACCAAAUCCAAAUGCCAUGUGACGAAACGACAUCAUUGAUUCAUUUGCAUCAAUCAAGCAACGUAAGAAGGUGCCAAAAUUGCCAAAAGAUGCAACAUUUCACAUCCACGCAACAAAACUUGAGACACUCCAUCAUCAAAAUCUGCAACCAUUAAUUCACUUCCCAUCUUCGUCUUCUUCUCUCUUUUCCUACAGCCUUGGAUUUGGGUACUUCAAUGGCAGACAUGAACUCCGACCAAUCAUUUCAGUCACCAAACAGUCUGAUGCCUUCAACACCUCUCCAACUGUCCGGUUUUCUCACCGGAGACACCAUCCAAGUCAGAGGCGACACCGGAAAUCUGAAGUUCUCAGUACAGUUCAGUGUCCAGGAAAAACAAACUUAUGAUCAUGAGAAUCGCAGCAUCCUCAACUCUCUCGAUGCAAAUGCAUGUUUCCCCGAAAACCAUUCUUGUGCAAAUUCGAGUUUUUCUUCGUACAUGACACCAAACGAUGUUCAAGAAGUGGAAGAUCAUGGCAAUGAAGUAACACAUUCUUGUGAGACAAGAAUAAGUGGAGAGAGUCACAUUGUGACCAGGCUGAGAAGUGGGGUGAUAUCGCGGCCGGUGACCUAUUUUCCUCGGAUACCAUUGUCCGAGAGUAGGAGUUUGAUUAGGCGUUGUGAGAAGGAGAGGCCAAGGAAGAAAAAGUUUGACGUGUUUGAGAGAGUGCUUAGAAGGCAUAGUUGCCCUAUAAGGCCGUGUACUUCAUAUGCAUUUUUUGUGAUGGCCGCAUGGGGUUCUGCGCAGUCCUCUUCGUUUGGUGAAAGGAGUAAGCAACUGGGUCGAAUGUGGUGCCAACUCCCUCGAAACGAGAAAAAGUUGUACGAGAAGAUGGCGAUGAAGGACAACGCAAGGUAUAAGAGGCAAUGCAGCCAGUUGACGGGAAAGCCGCUCAGAGCACUGCAGAAAGGCAGCAGAUGAGGAUAGCAGAACAUGCAGAAUCAAUAAUAGCCUCUCGAUGAUUUAUUAUUUUGUUGGUUAUUAGUAGAUUUUUGUUACAUUUCCUGUUUCUAAUGAUGAUGUAAUGAAAUUUAUGCACUGUAUUUUCCUUGUUAAUUAAACCUGUGAUUUUCUGGUGUUGUGGAAUUGUGCAUUUUUGUACACAAAACAGGAGAACCGAUGACGAAAAUCACAGGGAGAAUUUCUUCUUCGACUUAAACUUUUUAUUU